AUGGAGUGUCAUCAGUCUAUGCCCGUCCUAUCAAUGGAAGCCAAAGAAUGGAACACGGCAUUUAUCAGCCGAGACCCAUCCACCUCUAAACUGGAGACCAGAUUUUCGAACCGCAAGCUGGGCGGAGUGCAUGAAAUCUGGCAUCCCAAUUCCGUGGACUGCCUGACGUUGACCAUAGUCAUACAACUUUCUGCAAAUGCUUCAGAGGUCACUGUUUCUGGGAACCGGGACUCCUCCGAUGCUUCGACAUCAUUAGGCCCGCAAGCCACUGCAAUUCUCAAGAUCGCCCGAUUUGAAUGGGAAAUACCACGCAUUGUGCAGGAGACCAGAGCUUACAAGCUGCUAGAAGAGAGCGGAUUGGCCCCGCGGUUUCUCGGCCAUGUCCAUGAGCAUGGGCGAGUGAUUGGGAUCCUGGUGGAGAAAAUCGAAGGGCGCGAGGCGUCGAUUGGAGACCUUCCAGUUUGCAAAGAUGUUGUUCAGCAGUUUCAUAAGCUUGGUUUGCUGCAUGGAGAUGUCAACAAGUACAAUUUCAUUAUAGGCAGCGGGACUGCAAAGUUGAUUGAUUUCGAAAAUAGCCGGGCACAUCUGGAUGACUGCUCAGCUAUGCAGUCUGAACUCGACUCAUUGGAGACUCAACUGCAGGAAAAGACUGGGCGUGGUGGAGGAUUCAUGUCUAUAGAAAACCCAAGUUGA